GAGAUAUGGCCCUUCUUGCUGCUUCAUCCUCUUCCUCUGCUCAAUCCGUCCCCAAGAAGAAUGAUGUUUUCAUCAGCUUUAGGGGUGAGGACACUCGCUCCAACUUCACCAGCCAUCUUUAUGAUGCUUUCUGCAGAAAACAAAUCAGAACCUACAUAGACUACCAACUCGUGAAAGGAGAUGAGAUCUCACCAUCACUUCUGCAAGCUAUCGAGGAUUCAUAUGUAUCAGUGGUGGUGUUAUCUGAAAAUUAUGCUUCUUCAAGAUGGUGCUUGGAUGAACUCAUCCAUAUACUCCAUUGCAAAAGAGUUCAAGGACAGAUUGUUAUUCCUGUCUUCUAUAAAGUCGACCCAUCUCAUGUACGCAAGCAGACUGGCCUUUACAAGCAAGCAUUUGAGAGAUAUGAGGGAGAUCUCAAGGUUGACCACCACAAGAUGCAAAUGUGGAAGCAAGCUCUUAAUGAAACUGCAAACUUAGCUGGUUAUGACUCUCACACAUUUAGGGAUGAAUCCGAAUUGAUUCAAAAGAUUGCCAAAGACAUACUGCAGAAACUGAAUCACAAGUACCCCCCAGCUGAAAUAAAAGGACUCAUAGGCAUUGAGGACAACUGCGCAGAGAUUGAAUUAUUGUUGAAAGAUGCCAAAACAAAAACCAUUGGAAUAUGGGGCAUGGGGGGUAUCGGCAAGUCAACCAUUGCCAAAACUAUAUUUUUAAAAUAUUCUUCCCAUUAUGAUUAUUCUUGCUUCUUGGAAAAUGUAAGAGGAAGGUCUAACAAUGAACUUACUAAAUUACGCGCUGAAUUUUUCUCUUGUUUGCUAAGGGAUGAUUUCUCUCUCGAUACUUCAACCUCUUUUCUUGCGUCAAGGCUUAGUCAUACGAAGGUUUUUGUUGUUCUUGAUGAUAUCAGUACGGUGGGGCAAUUAGAAGAUUUGGUUGGAGAACCUUUUUGCUUUGGGUUAGGAAGUAAAAUUCUCAUCACAACAAGGGACAAGCAUGUGCUCAGCAAAGGAGUUGACGCAAUAUAUGAGGUUAAGAAAUUGGACUUCCAUCAAUCCCUUGAACUUUUCAGCUUGAAUGCCUUCAGCACUAGCCUGCCUAUAAUGGGAUAUGAAGAACUAACAAAAACGGCAGUUUUUUAUGCACAAGGAAUUCCAUUGGCUUUAAAAGUUUUGGGUUCAUAUCUUCGUGGUAAAAGUGAAGUUGAAUGGAAGAGUUCUUUAAAAAAACUGAAGAAGAGUCCUCAUAAAGAGAUUCAAAAUGUGUUGAGAUUGAGUUAUGAUGAAUUGGAUGACAAGGAGAAAAACAUACUUCUAGACAUUGCUUGCUUUUUAAAUGGAGAGUUGACGGAAUUGGUAAUCAAUUUAUUAGACAACUUUGGCUUCUAUGGAGCUAUCGGCAUAAGAACACUCCAUGACAAGGCCCUCAUAAAUGCGGGUGACGGUUUGCGUGUGGAAAUGCAUGAUUUGAUCCAAGAAAUGGGUUUGCAAAUAGCUCGUGAAGAGUCUACUGAAGAACCAGAAAGACGUAGACGUUUAUGGGAUUCAGAGGAAAUUUAUGAUGUAUUGACUAGUAAUAUGGGAUCAAAGAAAGUUGAAGCAAUAAAGUUAGAUGUUUCUCAAGUUAAAGAUCUAUAUUUGAAAACUGACGUUUUUAGGAAGAUGCCUAAUAUGAGAUUUCUUAGAUUUUAUUCUUCUUCUUGGUGGUCUAGCUCAAGCCAUGUGCACCUUCCAGAAGGUCUCAAUUUUCUUCCUAAUAAGAUGAGGUAUCUAGAGUGGCAUGGAUUCGCUCUUAAAUCUCCGAGGUCCACUUUUUGUCCUGAAAAACUUGUUAAGCUGUACCUACCCUGUAGCCAUUUGCAAAAGCUUUGGAACGGAGUGCAGGAUUUGGUGAGCUUACAAGAGAUAGACCUUAGUUGGUCUGUACAACUACAAGAGCUGCCAAAUCUCUCCAAAUGCUUGAAUCUCAAAGUGGUACAACUUCGUGGAUGCCGGAGUUUGUGCUCUGUUCAUUCCUCAAUCUUGUCUCUCCACUCGCUUGUUGAGUUGGACUUAAGUCGGUGCGUGAAACUUAGAAGUCUAAAAAAUGAGUUACAUUUAAGAUCUCUACAACAUAUCUAUGUGUUAGGGUGCUCGAAUCUCAAGGAGUUCUCAGUGUCAUCGGAUGAACUGAGAGAAUUGGAUUUAAUUGACACAGGAAUUGAAACCUUGCGCUCGUCUGUAGCGCGUUCAAGUAAAUUGGAACAUCUCGGUUUUAGGGGCUCAAGACUUGUGAAACUUCCUGACCAAUUAUCUUGCUUGACAAGUUUGACGGUUCUUCAUCUUCAAAACUGCGAAACCAUUGAUGAUUUGAAGCUACAUAACUUUUUUGAUGGCAUGUUGUCUUUAAAACACGUGGACCUGAUUAAGUGCCGUAACAUAACUGAACUACCUAAUAAUACUAAGCGUCUUUUAGGAUUGGAAUGGCUUAGAGUAUGGAAUUGUAGAAGGCUUCGUUCUUUACCAGAACUCCCACCAUCCAUUGACUGCCUAAUUGCUCGUGGUUGCAAGUCGUUGGAAAUUGUGUCAACUUGUAGACCAUCAAGUGGUCGCCCGAUAUGCUUCUUUUUCGACAAUUGUGUGCAACUGAAUGAACAAUCGUUUCACAAUAUCAUGGAGGCUGCUGCCUAUUCUAUACCUUAUUAUUUAUUGUAUAAAAAUAAGGAUGACUGGCGUCGUUAUAGGAUUUGUGUUCCCGGUAGCAGAGUACCAGAGUGGAUCAAAUACUGGGCAGCACAAAGCUCCGUAACUGUUGAACUCUCUCAAAUUUCAGGCUUAGCGGAUUUCUUCUUCUGCAUUGUACUUGAUGUUCACUCAGAAAUUAACUGUCUAGCUCAAGGUUUGAUGUGCACAUGCCACUCGGAAGGUUUUGAUGUGACAUAUUCAUUACUUGGCAAUGUGGUUCUUCGAGAUAGGAAAUCUGAUUAUGUUUUUAUAUGGAAUGGUGAUGGUGACUUAACAAGUAAAAGGAUAGUUGAUGAAAUUAGAAGAAGAAAUCAACAGUCGUUCACUAACAUAAAGCUUUGCUUUGAAUUCUCUGCUGGACCUCGUUGGUCUCACGAGUCAAUGACCGGUGAAAGCAAGUUAAUGAUCAAAGAAUGCGGGGUGUGGCCAGUAUAUGUCUCAGAAUGUCAGAAAUUUGUUGAGCAAAUGGAAAUAGGGAGGAAAAGGAAGAGGCCUCACGAUGUUGAAGAGCAACAACCACCGCCUCACUUAAAAAAAAAGGAGUUUGAUGAGGGUACACAUCCCAGCACUUAA